CCACUCUAUUCACUUCUAGACCGGCCAUCUGAUCAUUCGUGGGUGACGAAACAACCCUGCUCCACUAGUCGUCUCUGUCCGAGAAUCUCAGUACACUUCACGAUCGACGUACCUCGAUCAGGUCCAGUCGCUGAAGAUCGACGUCCGAGAGGAAGAAGAGGAUGAAGAUUAUCGUGGUGCUAGGAUUGGUCGUGGCGACUUUUGGCGCUGCUUUCGCGCGCCAAUUACCCGAGUUCAUCCACACUUGCAAGAGGGAUACCCCUGACCUGGGCAACUGUAUGAAGAACAGUGUGGAGGAUUUGCAACCGUACUUGAAGAAAGGAAUUCCAGAAUAUAAAAUACCAAGUUUGGAGCCAUUGGUACUUGACGAGUUGGCAGCCUCGGCUGGUGAUAUCAAACUGGUGCUGAAAAACGUCACCAUUCAUAACGCCAGCAAUUUCAAAAUAAUAAAUCUGAAAGCCAAUUUGUCGACCCUGAAAUUUGCACUAAACCUGGAGCUGCCAAGUCUCCAGUUGACAAGCCAUUACGACGUGGAUGGCAAAGUGCUCCUCCGAAUUCAAGGAAAUGGUCCCAUGGAAUGCACCUUGAACGACUGCAAGGGAAUAGUAAAGUUCCAAUUUGAAAAGAGUCAAGGCGACGAUGGCCAAACUUACCUGAAGCUGGUCGAGCUGAAGACCACGGUCUCCGUCGGAUCUGGUAAACUGAAUCUGCAUAAUCUCUUCAAUGGCGACCAGGUCCUCGGCGAAGCUGUCAACUCGGCUAUCAACGCCAACUUCGUCGCUUUCGAAAAUGAAAUAAAACCGGGCAUCGAGAAAGGCAUCUCGAAAAAGUUCACUAAUAUCGCAAACAGCAUUCUUACGCAGUUCACCUACGACGACCUCUUCCCAGAGUCGUAAAGGUUCUCAAGCUUGUCUCAGGUCGAUGGUACUCCUAACACCAAUUGCAAGUUCGCCGAUAUCUUUUGCCCAUUAGCAAGCACAUUUGCAAAAUAAGUUAGUAAAAGAAACUUCAGUAUUUUUAACGAUGGAACGAUGAUUUAGUUCA